AUGUCAUUGAUUAGCGGAUGGCAUCGUGCUGGAAGGGUAUUUUUUGUUCCAAUAACGACUGGUACUUCGGAGACUGAUGCAAAAUUUUCCGGGAUUAGUAGCUACAAGGUUAGGGAUGUGCCUUUGCCUGUAUUGAAUUUCGAGCAUAGGGCGCAGUUGGCCAAGAAUUAUCUACUUGCAACCGGAAAAUUUGAGCAGGACAAGGUCGAGAUGAUUUUGCAGGAUUCACUGUUCCGAGUGGCUUUGGCAGACACGGGAGGUCUCCCGGGGCUGGUCGUAUAUACCUGCCAGUAUGACUUUGAUAAAGAUACCUGCUCAGUCGUGCAACAUCUUCACCAUGAAACAGCAAGCUACAUACAAAAGGGCUGGGACAAGCGCAUGGAGUCCAUCUUCUCUGCUUACCUUGCAAGACGGAAGGUUUUUCCUUCAAUGGAACUUGUGAAGGACGGCAACUACACUGUGCAAGACGCUUUGGACGGAGGAACAAUUUUCCUCAAGGAAGGUGAGAUUCGUCUUGCCCCUGCACUAGUUAGCAAGUUCAACGCCGAGAAUAGUAUGAUCAACUCCCUUCUUGUGAAAGCACCAUCAAAGACAGACAAAUGGACAUGGCGGAAUUUUGAAAGUGUUCACUUACUCUACUUGGCAGCUGUAUUGGCAGCGAUGAUCAAAGAGAAGGAGCAUUUUCAAGGGGCCACUCUGGGUACUUAUCUAAGGAACAUGAAACCUUCGGACAAUGCAUACUUGUUCAAACCUUUACACCUGCCACUUAAUUUUACUGCUACUCACUACAAAAUUGACCCAGCGCAGUGCAUACCAAGAGCUAUCCCAGCUAGUGUAUCAAGUGUGAUCGACGUUGAUGUGAUGGAUCGAGAGCAUGUGCAUCAAUCGCAUACGGGCACACCCAUCAUCGACGGGUAUGUCACCUUAGAUGUUGGAUACGAAAGGCUGACAAUCUUUUUGCAAUAUAAACACAGUGACCCAGAGUCCUCUUCUUCAAAAGUUCGUGUAUCGCAUAUGAACCAAGAGAUUGAAAAAUUGGGUGCUUCUCUGAAGCGACAUGAAAAAUGGGAAUCGGAUCGGCAAUGGAUCUUUGUGUGGAUCACAAAUCGAGAAGUUGAAAGUGAUACCCUAGCCAAUGAACGGUUGCUAUGGGUGGACAAGGAUAGUCUCAGUUUGCACUGCCCUCUGAUUGGAAAUCGUGGUCUUGUGGGGCUGUAG